AUGGCGUUUUCGGUCGAAGAAGGCUACGCAGUACUUAAGGAGAAGCUACGACUCUUAGUGAAGGACGACUCGGCAGUGAAUUGGCCUGAUGGUGCUGGUAUCUACAUUAAAGCCACUGUGAACGCCCGACAGAGUGACUACCAGCGUCUACCUGAGAACGCAGGUGAAUUCUCACGGCUGCUGCGGAAGGUGUGGGGAAGAAGGAAGAGUCCUAGCCAGCGACUGGCACUCUUCAUGUACGUCAACCGAGUCAAGAAAUCCAAUUCAAUUCAUAGGGCAACGGCAGCCCGACCAGCAUCACUCGAGUACUGGGCAACUGUCCAAGCACGGCAGUCCGACGGUGCUCCAGUAAUUCAACCAAACAACGAAACCUUCCGUCAGUUAAACUACAUUGACGCUCGCGCUCGCCAACACCAACAAGAAGUGGCGGCGGCGUCAAGCGCAGCAAAUACGGAGACGCGUCGUAUUCACAUUAUGAUUAACGGUGUUUCAGUACCCAUCGACCUAAAUAUCCGGGAGGUCUGGGCAGCGUUGGGUUUACCCGGGUAUGACCUUCGUCCUCCGUAUCGCGAACGAGUUGUGCGUGCAGUUGCAGUGCCUGAAGAUACAGCUGAUAUAGAAGACACGGCAAACGACUUCGACGACGACAUAGAAGACGGCGGAGGGGACAAUGAUAGAAGUGAAGCUGUAGUUUGA